CCACUUCCAGCGGCUCUUCGAUUCGGAUCCUCAAUCUACUUUUCCCUUCAUUUCAUACUUCUCGACAAACCCAAAGCGACAACUUCACCCUCUCAAUGUCUGCUCCAAAAAGCACGGAGAACCCCGGUUUCGACACUGUCCUUGACUUCAACAUAUUCGAACACCACGAUGAUGAAGAAGACCUCUUUUACAAGAACAAACUGGUCGCAAUUGUUGAGGGUGAGAUCACACCCAGGCAGGCUGCAAUAGAAAUAGACACCUUCAUCACGCACGACUCGGAGCGGUUAUACAAACUGCACCGGGCGUAUCAUUUUUCGCCCGAAGACUUGCCCGACGAGAUCCGUGGUCAAUUACCAUUACCCGCUGAUAGCGAUGAGAGAGAGCUGGGAAUCCACUGUCCGAAUCCCGGAGGACAUAUCGAAAUGUUCAUGCACUGGGUUUUCCGACUAGGCUCGGCCUUCCCGCCCGGCCAUGUCGGCCAAGACCGCCUGAUCGCCUUUCUGGAGGCGCUGCGUGAUCUACCAAGACAUGAGAUUGUCACUAUAGUAUCGCCCUCGGUAGCACCGCCCUCGGACGGCCAAGUCGAGCAGAACAUGUAUACGACUCUAGAAGUGUGGCCGAUGGGGGGCCAUUGGUUACUCCUGCAGAUGGUGGCUCAUUACGAAGCACAAGCCUACUUAUACCGUCUUUAUGCGGCUACGCGACUGCCCCCUACUGAGAUAGACCUCCGGCUGCGGAACUUCCAGUCUGCCAUCGCGCGCAUGACGGCACUGGAUCUGAUCGAUUGCGGAUGGCUCUCUUCGUUGGAGGGCAUCCUUCCUUCGCACCCCUGGUACCCUGAUCUAAAUGACCCCGAGGGUCAAGGGUUUGGCAAGGAUCAGGGGCUCCGAUGGCUUGCUGGUUGGAUCAUUGCGGGUGUGCAGUGGCUGCUUCGUGCUGAAGUGGGGCAGUAUGUCUAUCAACAGUGUCGGAAGAGGGAGAAGAUUGUCGAACGGUCGGAGAUGUGGAGUAUGCAGCGGUGGCAGCAGUGGAAGGAUCAGUCUUCAUUCGCCGCAAAUGAGGUACGGGUUGGUGUACAUGCUCAGGAGCUGGCCCGGUUGGCGCUUCAGAAGAUGAUUGAGUAUGAAGGUGGAGGUGCUACUGCGGAGGGUGAUUUGUGAGAUAUCUCGAUAUGUGCAGUAGGGAUCGGCAAAGCGCACUAGCAUGUCGAACCACACUUUUGAGGCAUUGGGUUAUUACAAUUUUUUGUCUUAUGUCUGUGGAGUCAAGUUGCCUUCGAG